AUGUCGGGGGGGUACGAAUUCUCACACCUCUUUAGCGCGAGCACUAUCGCCUUCUCCCCGGGAACGACCUUUCUAGCCACAGCGCACCACAACCGGAUCGUCGUCCGGUCCACCGCCACCCUCCAAGUCGUCCGCACAUGGGCUUGCACCCGCCCCCCCGCCCCCUUGGCCCCUUCCAACAAGAUAAAACCCACUUCAUCAACCGUCCAAGAUCCAUCACUAGACGAGUUUCCGAUAGAUUCACUGCAAUGGUCAAGAGACAGCAUGUAUUUGCUGGUCUACUCCAGCCAGGUGAAGAUGGCGUGGGUGUAUGGGAUAGCGCAGGAGGGCGAGUCGGCGAGGAUAGGUGGGUUGGGGGUGGAGGGGCUUUUGAGGGUGGAGUGGGGGAGGGGGGCGAGGGAUGUACUGUCUUGGCAAGAGUUUGAUACAAAGAUCAACAUCUAUGACCUCUCAACGGGGAGCACCAGUGUCAUUCAGAAUGCCAAGUCUUCCAGCUGCCAUACUUAUUCUCACGAUUCUCGUUACAUAGCGGUUGCCGAAAAGCACCACGGCAAAGAAUAUAUCGGGGUGUAUGACGUACUGGAUCAGUAUGCUCUCAUACGGCAUUACCCACUUCAUACGACAGACGUCCAAGGUAUCGAAUGGAGUCCAUGCGGACGCUAUAUCGCCGUCUGGGACUCGCCCCUAUCAUACUCUCUCCACAUCCACUCCGCCCUAGGCCCAAUCCUCGCCCACUUCACCCCAUCAUCCCCCACAUUCUCUUCAACCCCCAACGAAAUCUCCGGUCUGGGUAUCAAGCUCGUCACAUGGGCUCCUAGUGGACGGUGGAUUGCGGUGGGGGGGUGGGAUGGAAAAGUGAGGGUUUUGGAGAAUGAGGGGUGGCGGUGUGUUUGUGUGGUUGCUCGGGGAACGAGAGCUGUUGAGAGGAGUUCGACGAUAUGGAGGGAACCUGGUGAUUGGCUGAGAGAUACGAGAGGGCGUGGUAUCGUCCAAUUCGACCGCCAACCCCACCCAUGUACAUUCCCAACCAUCCGCCCCGACAACACCAAACCCACGCCCCGCACCGGUAUCUCCCAACUCACAUUCAACCCCUCCUCCACCCUCCUCCUCAUCCGUCUCGACUCUCAACCCAACAUCAUCCACCUCCAUACUUUCCUCCCCUCAUCAACGUCAGAGCAGCCUACAGUCACACAUUUGGCGAGUGGAAUCUUUGCGAGAGAGGUUAGGAGGGCGAGGUGGAAUCCGAGGGGUAAUAAGCUGGCUGUUGCGACGGGUGGAGGGGGGGUGUAUGUUUGGGAUGAGGAGAGUGGGUGGGUGGAGGAAGACUCGGGGGUGGGUGAUGCUAGCGUUGAAGCUGGGAGAGGAGGCAACAUGGAAGGUGUCGGCAUUCCCACCCGCACAGAGUUCUCCGCCUUAGACCUCCAGUGGUCACCGGAUGGUACCGCCCUCGUCAUUCAAGAUCGCGCACAGUUUUGUCUUUUGUACGAUGGUGAUUCUGCAGAGGAAGCAAAGGAAGAGCGGAGGGAUGAAGAGUCGCAGGCGGAUAGGUCGAGUUUCAUGUGGGAUGGUGCUGGUGAGGGAUUGCAUGAUGUUUUGGAGGAAGGAGACGAAUGA